AUUUUUGGUAGCUUGUGCUUGAUGGACUUCAUGCCAAGUAGUAGCGACAAGAAAACUUUGAAGAGGUGGUUUUUUAUUGACAAGAGAGUCGGGUAGUACCAUAUCUUGAUCCUUGAACACAUUUCACUUUAAAACUAAUUAACAUCAAGUGAUCAACAGACGACAGUUAGUUGUAACAGUAAAAGACUCUGGAACAAUGGAAUUCAAAUCAGCAAAAUCACCCUCUUCACUCAAUAAUCCUGCUCGAUCUUCCUUAAACAAGUCUGGACAAAGCCUCUAUUCUAGUCUGUUUCCGUACUCACAGACAGGAGGAUCCUCAUUUUCAAGUACAGUGCUGACCGUCCCAAGAAAGAAGCCGGAAAAACUUGAUGAUGCUCUCCCUAAUGGUUGGCUUGAAUCCAUGAAAUCUUCUUCACCUCCUAAGAGAAAACUUGUGAAGGACCAUAAUGUUGAGGUUGCUUCAGAUGACCAUGACUACGCUUAUCACUCAUGGCUGCUUAGUUAUCCAUCUGCACUCCGAUCCUUCGAUAAAAUUACAGACUUUGCAAGUAACAAGAAGAUUGCUAUAUUUUUAGAUUAUGAUGGGACACUUUCUCCCAUAGUAGAUGACCCUGAUCGUGCUUACAUGUCUACUGAUAUGCGCUCUGCUGUUAGGGGUGUUGCAAGUUAUUUCCCCACUGCAAUCAUCAGUGGAAGAAGCCGCGAUAAGGUUUUUGAUUUGGUCGGCCUAAAAGAGCUCUACUAUGCUGGUAGUCAUGGUAUGGAUAUAUUGUUCCCGCACAAGGACCCAAAAUCUACUGAUCACACAGUCUGCAGUGAGCUCGGAAACACUCAGAGCAAAGGUGUCACCUUAUUCCAGCCCGCUAAGGAAUUUGUACCUGUGAUUGAUGAGGUUUUCCGAACUCUAGAGAAAAACACUAGAGAUAUAAAAGGUGCAAAAGUUGAGAAUCACAAAUUUUGUGUCUCAGUACACUACCGUAACGUGUCUGAGAAGAGUUGGGUUACAAUUGCAGAGUGUGUUCACAGGGUUGUAGAUGAUUACCCCCAGUUGCGAUUAACACAUGGGCGGAAGGUUUUAGAGGUUCGUCCGGUGAUUGACUGGGACAAAGGGAAAGCUGUGGAAUUCUUGCUCAAGUCAUUAGGACUUGAAAAUAGUGAUGAUGUGCUUCCUAUCUAUAUUGGAGAUGACAGGACAGAUGAAGAUGCAUUUACGGUAUUAAGGCAGAAAAAUCGGGGUUAUGGUAUUCUGGUUGCUUCUACUCCGAAAGAGAGCCAGGCACUCUUUUCAUUGAAGGACCCUUCAGAGGUCAAAGAAUUUCUUGAGUCCCUUGUGAGAUGGAAAGAACAGAGUUCCCUGUAGAUACAACAAAGCCACAAGCCCACAAAGUACUAAUACAUAUGCUCUUACUAGAGCUUCAUGAGAUUUAUGGUCUUUUUUCUGUUUAAAGCAGUCUGGAACUGCCAAUUCAGAUGCUAGUGUUUCUUUAUUUUUAGUAAAUCGUAACAUAUUGGUCUAUUCUUUCUCCCUGGUGGGAGUUCAAUAAAAUCUCCGGCAUCAAUGAAAUUCAGCCUUGUGUACGAAUGAUAUAUAAUGGAUAUCUUAUGCUAUACAUUUGAAAUAAAACUUCUUAUUGAGUCUCGAUUAUAG